AUGGACCAGAGCCAGCCCAGGCUGAUCCAUCAGAAAAGUCGAAGUUACUCUGAACUCAGCAGUAUGUCCAUGAAGAGUGAUCGGUCUAUGGGUCGAUUUAUUGACUUCAAACAUGGACAGCAGUCUGCUGAUCAGAGGAUCCAUCAGAAAAGACAAAACUACUCUGAACUCAGCAGUAUGUCCAUGAAGAGUGACCGGUCUAUGGGUCGAUUUAUUGACUUCAAACAUGGACAGCAGUCUGCUGAUCAGAGGAUCCAUCAGAAAAGACAAAACUACUCUGAACUCAGCAGUAUGUCCAUGAAGAGUGACCGGUCUAUGGGUCGAUUUAUUGACUUCAAACAUGGACAGCAGUCUGCUGAUCAGAGGAUCCAUCAGAAAAGACAAAACUACUCUGAACUCAGCAGUAUGUCCAUGAAGAGUGACCGGUCUAUGGGUCGAUUUAUUGACUUCAAACAUGGACAGCAGUCUGCUGAUCAGAGGAUCCAUCAGAAAAGACAAAACUACUCUGAACUCAGCAGUAUGUCCAUGAAGAGUGAUCGGUCUAUGGGUCGAUUUAUUGACUUCAAACAUGGACAGCAGUCUGCUGAUCAGAGGAUCCAUCAGAAAAGACAAAACUACUCUGAACUCAGCAGUAUGUCCAUGAAGAGUGACCGGUCUAUGGGUCGAUUUAUUGACUUCAAACAUGGACAGCAGUCUGCUGAUCAGAGACCAAAUAUCAUUAGUUUUGUGAAGAGCGAGCUGAAGAAGAUCCAGAGGGUUCUUAGUCCAGAUUACCCAGAAUGCUCAGAGAGUCAGAGUGAGGGUGAGGAGGUGUUGGACGGAAAGGAGGAAGAGCAGAGGAGAAGCAGCAGAGAGGCAUUUCUGAACAUCACAUUGCAUUUCUUGAGGAGAAUGAAGCAGGAGGAGCUGGCUGACUGUCUGCAGAGCAGAACUGGUGCUGCAGAGUGUCAAUAUAAACUCAAGUCUAACCUGAAGAAGAAGUUCGAGUGUGUGUUUGAGGGGAUUGCUAAAGCAGGGAACCCAACCCUUCUGAAUCAGAUCUACACCGAGCUCUACAUCACAGAGGGAGGGACUGCAGAGGUCAAUGGUGAACAUGAGGUCAGGCAGAUUGAAACAGCAUCCAGGAAACCAGACAAACCAGAAACAAUCAGACGAGAAGACAUCUUUAAAGCCCCAGCUGGAAGAGAUGAACUAAUGAGAACAGUGAUGACAAAGGGAGUGGCUGGCAUUGGGAAAACAGUCUUAACACAGAAGUUCACUCUGGACUGGGCUGAAGACAAAGCCAACCAGGACAUACAGUUCACAUUUCCAUUCACUUUCAGAGAGCUGAAUGUGCUGAAAGAGAAAAAGUACAGCUUGGUGGAACUUGUUCAUCACUUCUUUACUGAAACCAAAAAAGCAGGUAUCUGCAGAUUUGAAGAGUUCCAGGUUGUGUUCAUCUUUGAUGGUCUGGAUGAGUGCCGACUUCCUCUGGACUUUCACAACAAUAAGAUCCUAACUGAUGUUACAGAGUCUACCUCUGUGGAUGUGCUGCUGACAAACCUCAUCAGGGGGAAACUGCUUCCCUCUGCUCGCCUCUGGAUAACCACACGACCUGCAGCAGCCAAUCAGAUCCCUCCUUGGUGUAUUGACAUGGUGACAGAGGUCAGAGGGUUCACUGACCCACAGAAGGAGAAGUACUUCAGGAAGAGAUUCACACAUAAGGAACAGGCCAGCACAAUCAUCUCCCACAUCAAGAGAUCACGAAGCCUCUACAUCAUGUGUCACAUCCCAGUCUUCUGCUGGAUCACUGCUACAGUUCUGGAGAAUGUGUUGAGAAGAAGAGAAAGAGGAGAGCUGCCGAAGACCCUGACUGAGAUGUACAUCCACUUCCUGGUGGUUCAGUCCAAAGUGAAGAAUGUCAAGUAUCAUGAAGGAGCUGAGACAGAUCCACACUGGAAUCCAGAGAGCAAGAACAUGAUUGAGUUUCUGGGAAAACUGGCUUUUGAACAGCUGCAGAAAGGCAACCUGAUCUUCUAUGAAUCAGACCUGAUAGAGUGUGGCAUCGAUAUCAGAGCAGCCUCAGUGUACUCAGGAGUGUUUACAGAGAUCUUCAAAGAGGAGAGAGGGCUGUACCAGGACAAGGUGUUCUGCUUCAUCCAUCUGAGUGUUCAGGAGUUUCUGGCUGCUCUUCAUGUCCAUCUGAAGAUCAUCAACUCUGGAGUCAAUCUGCUGGCAGAAGAACAAACUUCAUCCUGGUUGUCUAAAAUCUUUAAAGACACACGUAAACCAAAACAUCUUUACCAGCAUGCUGUGGACGAGGCCUUAAAGAGUCCAAAUGGACACCUGGACUUGUUCCUCCGCUUUCUUCUGGGUCUUUCACUGCAGACCAAUCAGGCUCUCCUACGAGGUCUGCUGACACAGACAGGAAGUAGCUCACAGACCAAUCAGAAAACAGUAGAGUACAUCAAGAAGAAAAUCGGUGAGGAUCUGUCUGCAGAGAGAAACAUCAAUCUGCUCCACUGUCUGAAUGAACUGAACGAUCGUUCUCUCGUGGUGGGGAUCCAACAGCACCUGAGUUCAGGAAGUCUCUCUACAGAUAAACUGUCUCCUGCUCAGUGGUCAGCUCUGGUCUUCAUCUUACUGUCAUCGGAAAAAGAUCUGGAUGUGUUUGACCUGAAGAAAUACUCUGCUUCAGAGGAGGCUCUUCUGAGACUGCUGCCAGUGGUCAAAGCUUCAAAAAAAGCUCUGCUGAGCGGCUGUAACCUCUCAGAGAGAAGCUGUGCAGCUCUCUCCUCAGUUCUCAGCUCCCAGUCCUCUAGUCUAAGAGAGCUAGAUCUGAGUAACAACAACCUGCAGGAUUCAGGAGUGAAGCUGCUGUCUGCUGGACUGGAGAGUCCACACUGUACACUGGAAACUCUCAGCCUUUCAGGAUGUCUGGUCACAGAGGAAGGCUGUGCUUCUUUGGUUUCAGCUCUUAGCUCCAACCCCUCCCAUCUGAGAGAGCUGGAUCUGAGCUACAAUCAUCCAGGAGCCUCAGGAGAGAAACUGCUGUCUGCUGGACUGAAGGAUCCACACUGGAGACUGGGCACUCUCAGGGUGGACCAUGAUGGAGAGCACAGGUUAAAACCUGAUGUAAGGAAGUAUUUCUGUGAACUCACACUGGACAUAAACACAGCACACAAAAAACUCAAACUGUCUGACAACAACAGGAAGGUGGAACGUGUGGAGGAGUAUCAGUCAUAUCGUUAUCAUCCAGACAGAUUUGACUCCUGGGUUCAGCUGCUGUGUAGAAAUGGUCUGACUGGCCGAUGUUACUGGGAGGUCAAGUGGAGUGGAAGAGUUCAUAUAUCAGUGACUUACACAGGAAUCAGCAGGAAAAUAGACAGUGAUGACUGUAGGUUUGGAAGGAACAAUCAGUCGUGGAGUCUGUUCUGCACUGAUGGCGGUUACUCUGUCAGUCACAAUAAGAGAGAAACAUCCAUCCCCUCCUCCGCUGUCUCUCACAGAGCAGCAGUGUAUGUGGACUAUCCUGCUAGCACUCUGUCCUUCUACAGAGUCUCCUCUGACACACUGAUCCACCUCUACACCUUCAACACCACAUUCACUCAGCCUCUGUAUGCUGGGUUUGCAGUCGGGUAUGGUUCCUCAGUCUCCCUUUGUCCUCUGUCUGAGGGAGAGUCUCCUCCUGUGUAG